GCCACCAUCCCUCGGUCAGUUGGGUGCGCAAACAAUCCGCCAUCGUUCACAACCUCCACCUUUCAAUGGUUUCUUCAAUCAAAUCUAUCAAGGCAUUACUAGCCCUUACCGAACCCUCUAAUCUUGACGUUCACUUUUCUAUCACCACCCCAUACGGCCUUGUUCUUGAACUGUCAGGCGACUCCCUUCAAGUUCGCCUGGCGAAGGGGGAGGAGCCACUCUCAUUGCCCCCCACCCCUGCGGCAGACGCGGAGCCCCAACUUCCAGUCACUCAGGCCAUUUCUGAAACCCUGUCUAAAAUAGGGGAGGAUGAUUCCGUCCAUGGGCCGUUAGCAGAGACGUCUCCGCUACAAGUACAUCAAGAAGACCCCUUGGAGUCAGAAGACCGACCAAAAUCUGAGUUGGAUGAACAACCAGAACCUCAACCGGAGUAUGGCCCUUCAAUACCAGGACAUAAGUACUACAUUUGGCCGGACUACGGAACUAAUUUCAUGUGGUACACCUACGGGUGGUCCUGGAACCCAGAAGGCGGCGAUAAUAUCGACGACAACGAUUUGGAAGUGUUGGUAUUCCUAUCACAGGGAUUGGUUCGAACCGUGGGUGACGAAGAGGUCAAAAUGGAUAUAUAUUUAACUUCUGCGUAAGGUGUA